AUGAGGUUCCUACGAGUCCUCCUCGCGCUCAGCGCACUCUCCACCACCACAUUCGCCACCCCCGUCGCAGAUUUCGACGCCCUCGUGUCCCGCAAUCCCGAUGCGCUACACUCGUCACAAAACAAGCGCAACCUUCACUCCUGGUCGCCGCGCGAAGAAGAAGCCGAGAAGCGCGCCGCUGAAGCUGCCGCAGAGCCAGAGCCAGAUCCAGAAGCAUACGCCGAGCCAGCGCCCAACCACGACCUCGAUUCUCUGACAUCUGCGCUCGAGAAGCGUAAGGGUGGCGGCGGUGGUCGCGGCGGCGGCUCCAGCGGCGGCAGCCGUGGCUCAGGCGGUAGCUCCGGCGGCGGCGGACGCCCCGUCAGCUCAUACUCGUUCUCGCCACAGAGCAAUCUAGGCGGCCGCACGAUCUCGGGCUCUGGUGCGCGUCCCGCCUAUGGCUCGCGCUACAUGGGCGGCGCAACUGUGCCGUAUACGGCCGGCGCACGCAGCCCCAGCCGGGGUAUUGCGCCCUUUGCGUUCCCGCUCGUGGGCUUCGCCGUCUUCCCUGGCCUGUGGCUCUACGGCAGUGCGUAUGGCUACCCGUACGGUGCGGGCUAUCACUAUAACCAGGACGGGCAGAAUCACACGAGCAACGUGACGUGUCUGUGUCAGCGGUACCAGGUCUGUGGUUGCGAUCCCGAUGACAACCAGACGGCGCUGGCGCAGAUGGUCACGAAUGGCACGGGGUCCGGCGCGCCGGUCAAUACCUCGACUGUCAGGACCGUGCAGUACGAUAACGGCACGGAGAUGACGUAUAUCAACGGCUCGUUGGAGAAUGGCACUACGGCGCCUGGCGGCACAGAGCCGAGCGACGAGAGCCAGAUCUCCGCGGCUGUGCAGCGCUUCAUGAGCGUGGGCGGGUAUUGGUUGAUGGCCACCACUGUGGUGUGGGGCGUGUAUAUGGGUGGGCUGCCUUGA